AUGAGCGCAACUGAGAUUAUCAGCAGCCCCACUUCAAUCCGCGAAAAUGGACACUCACUGAAUGACAAGACUCCAAAAGAUAACAGUGUACCACAGCUACCAACAGCGAACAGCUGGAAUGGGACAACUGUAGGAGCUAAAGAUCCUUAUGCACUGAUGCGCGAUUGCAAUGCGAACUCUCGACUUACAGCGCAGCAUUAUCUCUGGAAAGAGCUACUCGGGUUUUUGGUUCAUCCCGAUAUUGAUACUCGGGCUUCUGACUUGAGAGUCGCUGAUGUUGCUACUGGAAACGGGUACAGUGAUUCGCUUACUUUGGAAGUACUCUUCUCUGACUCUUUUAGUAUUUGGCUUCAGGACUUUGCUCGUGGAAAACCACCGUCCGUUGAUCUUCACGGCUUCGAUAUCAGCCUGGACCAAGUAGGCCCUAAACCAUGGCUACCCGCCAAUAUACACAUGCAUGUCUGGAAUAUCUUUGAAAACGUGCCGGAUGAGUUCGUGGGCUACUUCGACAUUGUACACGUUCGUCUGAUCACUGUCGUUGUCAAGAAUAACGACCCGAGGCCUAUUCUAGUAAACCUGAGAAAGCUACUGAGACCUGGCGGCUACCUUCAGUGGGACGAGGUUGACACCAUUGGAUGUUCCAUCAAGACCGUACCUGGGAUUUCGGCGUCUAACCUUGAUGCACUCUUCUCCCAGCUUAAAGGUCAUGACACCUGGAAAUAUGAGCUCACGCGAACCAUGGAUGAAAACGGAUAUACUGACUCAACGCUGUAUACCUACGAGUACGGACUCGGAAUGGCCCGAUUUUGGAGUGAUUUAUAUGUGAGCACAUGGAAAGAGUUUGCAGAAAAUGCACUGAAAACUCCGGAGGCAUCCAGGAAAUUGGAGCGCAGUGCGAUGGUGGAGACUUUGAAUGGUGCUUCGAUCAUGGUCCCAAAAUUGGUAUGGGUGACAAAGAAGACUGAUACAACAGACUAG